CGCAGUUCAGUUUCAGCUUUCCAUUCGUUGCAGAUACAAGUUUAAAAUCGUUGGUCUCGUCGUCCAUUCGCGUGCCCUGUGGGACAUUUUGUGGGUCCUGCCGCAGUUUUUAGUGGCUGUUUUCCAGAGAAGAUUCGCUCUUCGGUGCGAAGUCAGUGGAUAGUGUCAGUGGGUGGUUGUUUGGGGGUUGGAUUCCCUUUUUUUUUCUAUCAGAACGGAAGUUCCAAUCGGGGGUUGUUUUUCUUCAGUGGUAGGCUUGUUUACUUUCCUGAAUCGAUUAAUCCAAUGAAUAAAGUAAAUAUAGCAGGCUUGGUUGGCCUUGUGUGGUUAUGGUGAUAAUAUGCUCGGUGAGCGAUGUGUAACCUCUGCCAGUAGCUAAAAGAGCUUACUGAUAAAUUAGUGUAUCAUCUGUCUCCUUUUCCCCUGGGCAAAAGAAAAAUAUAUUAAUCCAGAAGCAAGGAAAAGUUAAAAAGUUGAACGAACGACGGACGACGUUAAUUCUCUCCGAAAGGAAGCACAGAAGAGUCAUGGCCGAACCAAUAUCACCGUCGGCUUCGUCGUUCAAGCAGAAUUUCGAUCUCGUGACACCGGAGUUCGAAGAAGAUCCCAAGGUGCUGUGGGGUGUCACCAUUCCCCCCUUCGUAUCGGAUAAGGUCGUGUCCUGGGUGGAGGAAAACUUUCCCAGCCCCCCGGCGCCACAACAAAUCGAAUUCAGAGGAUUUCUGGUGCUGAAAAAGAUUGAAGGUGUGCGAAUGAUAGACAGAUACAAUAGCAAAAACCCAAUUGUGGGAGUGCUCUACCUGACGGCGACGCAUCUCAUCUUCGUAGAUCCGGAAACAAACAAGGAAACCUGGGUGCUGUACAUGCAGAUCGCCAACGUGGAAAAGCUGCCCCUAACGACGACUGGUUCCCCACUACUUAUCCGCUGCAAAACCUUCCUCUCAAUCACGUUCGUCAUUUCCAAGGAGCGUGAGUGCCACGAUGUCUACACGACGCUGAUGAAGCUCUACCAGCCGGUGAAUAUCAAAAACCUGUACUGCUUCCAGUACAGCACCGCAGCCAAAGAGCUGCCCAAGGUCACCGGAUGGGACUACUUCAAGCUGGAGAACGAAUUUCGGCGAAUGCGGGUGCCGAACGACCAGUGGAGUCUGUGCACGCUAAAUCAAAACUACGAACUGUGCGACACGUACCCGCAGCAGCUGUACGUGCCGUCGGAAUCGAGCACCGCCAUGCUGCUCGGGAGUUCUCGGUUCCGGUCCAAGGGCCGACUGCCGGCACUGACCUACCUGCACCCGAACAAGGCAUCGAUAUGUCGAUGCAGUCAGCCACUGUCCGGCUUCUCGGCUCGCUGUCUGGAGGACGAACAGAUGCUGGAAGCCGUCAGGAAAACCAAUCCCAACUGUUCCUACAUGUAUGUGGUGGACACUAGACCGAGGAUUAAUGCAAUGGCCAACCGGGCCGCCGGAAAGGGCUACGAGAAUGAGGCCAACUACGAGAACAUCAAGUUCCAGUUUCUCGGAAUCGAAAACAUCCACCAGAUGCGGACCAGCCUGCAGAAGGUGAUUGAAUGCUGUGAACAGAAAUCGCCCACCAUGAGUAGCUUCCUGAACGCGUUGGAGUCUUCCGGGUGGCUUAAGCACAUUCGUUCCAUCAUGGGUCCAUCGAGCUUUAUCGCCAAUGCAGUGGAUAAGGGUAUAUCAGUUGUCGUACAUUGUUCGGACGGUUGGGAUAGAACUGCCCAAGUAUGCUCUCUUUCGGCCCUGAUGUUGGAUCCCUACUAUCGAACGAUCAAAGGUUUUCAGGCAUUGGUAGAAAAAGACUGGCUUGCGUUUGGACACAAAUUCAGCGAUCGCUGCGGUCACAUCCAGAAUGAUCCGAAGGAAGUGUCACCGGUUUUCACUCAGCUGCUAGAUUGCACCUGGCAGCUAAUGCAGCAACGCAGUGAAGCGUUCGAGUUCAACGAGCGGUUUUUGCUGGUGCUGCAUGACCACGUUACAUCAUGUCAAUUUGGCACGUUUGUCGGAAACUGUGAAAAGGAUCGGCUGGAUUUGCGUUUGAACGAGAAAACUUACUCACUGUGGGGCUUCAUGUCCAAUCAUUUGAACGAAUACAUCAAUCCGCUGUACCGACCCGAGAUGGAUGAGACUAUUCGGCCGAAUUUGGCUCCGCAGUGUAUCAAAUUUUGGCGUGGCAUGUACGGACGAUUCGAGAGCGGAAUCCACCCGAGGGAACCGGUGGACGAGCUGUUGAUCGCCAGCAAAGAUCACUCGACUUCUUUAGACGAUCACGUGCAAUUAUUGACUAAGCGUAUCAACAGUUUUAAGAAUAUGAUAUCAAAAUCGGCAAAGAGGCUGCAGGGUAAUAAGUACGUUGACAACCAGAACAUUGAGGUGAAUGACAACCGAUACAAUUAUGACAAGAAACUGAGCGAGCUUUCCUGUGCCGACGAUGAUCAUCCGCUGAAAACUUCCAACUUUUCCUUUUCGAAUUUGACUGCGACAGAAUGCAAUGAAAACAUCGUCGGUAUCAACCAGGUGCAGGACGAAAUGAACUCGGUGGCCAUCGAUUGGAGACCGCUCCGGAAUGCCGUCAACUGUCCCGGAUGUUCGGUGUCCUUCGAUCAGCUUACCAAGAAGCAGAACCACUGCUGGAAGUGUGGGGAUGUGUUCUGCGCCCGGUGCAUCGACAAGACGGCAUCCCUGGCUGGGCAUGCCAGCGGCAAUUUGGUACCCGUUUGUAAAAACUGCUACCGCGAAAUGCAACAAGUUAGCCCUUAGGUAGUUUAGCUAUCUAAACACACAACACAGGAUUGGUCGCGGUUUCUGCAUGCAUGUGAGAAAUGUGUUUGUAAAUGUUCAUAAUUUAGUAUUAUGUUUCCAUUUUUUUAGGAAUCGUACCUGUUGUGUCAAGUUUAAAAUUUUCAAUCACUAAAAACAUUUCGUUCAGAAAGUAUUAGGAAAAUCCAUCUAAAAACAGAUUAAUCUUAAAAGUCAAUUUUCUAUUCAAUUUUCAACUGUAUUUGCAAAUUAAUACAAUCAGUUAAAUUUUUCGCGUAAUUGUAGAGUUAUUUGAUGCAUGCAUUUGAAAAUAUUUCUAUUGCUAGAGUUUUCUUUUAUGGGAAAAUAUUUCAGAUUUGAAAAUAAAAAACAUGGAAGAAUCAAAUUUUUUACCUAACAUCAUAGAAUCAAAUUCAUAUGAAAAUAAUUCACAAGAUCUUAUCUGGAACAAAAUUUGGCUAAUUAUUUUCGUUAAAAUUUCUGCUAUUCCUCAAUUUGGGGCGGGAUCUGGCGUGGAAAUCGUAUUUAGAGAUAUUCACUUCAACAUAUUCUGGUUUUAACCCAAAUCCGGACCAAAUUUCGUCAUUCUUGUCAAUUUAAGAAGUAUAAAUUCGACCCUCAGACUUAUAUUGUUAUUUGGCUGUUAAUUUUUUUUUAUCUUUCAAUAUUCUGUGUUGCCAUUUUCCUGAAAUUAUAAAUUGGAUCUAUUGCGCAGCUUUUCAAUGUUAAAGUUUGACAUCUGCAUAAUGAAUUUGAUCUCAAAUUUCACCCUGAUGGAAAUUUCAAAGUGUAGCAUAGACAGCAAUGGUACUGUAACAGAGAUCAUACCUCAAAUUUUAUAUUCAUUUGUACAGCAUUUCACUUAUCUUGAAUUAUUCUGACCCAUCUUCUGUUUGAAAGAAAAUUAGUUAUCUAAGUAUUUGAUUAAAAUCAACAUCACAUUAGGUAUAGGUGUAAGUUAAAGUUCAGAUAUUCGAUUAUCAAGUCACAGGCAAAUCGUUAUAAACUAUUUUUUUACGGAAUUUACGUCUUUUGCAGUUUCAUGCGAAUAGAUUAAGGGAAUUGAAAAAAUCCUUUAAAAUCACAACUUUUGGUUAGGCAAACUGGAGUGUUGUUAAGGUGUGCAAUUGACAUGAGUUUUUCUUAAAUUUUUUUCUCGACCCAUCGCUAAAUUGUAAAAUAGUCAUCUCUUAUUGUAGUGGUCUUCACACUAUUUGCAGAAAUAUUUUGUGGACAAGAAAUUUCUUGGAAAUCGAGAAUCUGUACAGUGAAUGAUAUCUGUUUGUCUGUGACUGUAAUUUUAGAAAAAAGUUAUCUUAAGUUACAAAUUAAGAAAGCCAAAAUGCAAGUUGAAAGACAAACAAAGGGCUGUUGGUAGCGACAAAUUUGUCGGAAGACCUCUCAGAGUGAUUGUGAUACCUUUUAGUUUAUUCAGUUGUUAAAAUAAAUUUUUCAUCGGGUUUAAAGUUAAGAGCUUUUUUCAAGUUGACUGAUUUCACAUGAGCAUAGUAAAAUGCUUGAGAGAGAGCGAGAUAAGUUGAUGAAUCUUUAGACAAAUUGAUUGUAAAUUUAAAGAAAAUUAAAAAAAAAAUCCACGACAGUUGGUACGUAUAAAUGAUGAAGCAUAUUGUUUGCUCAAUAUUGGACCCAGCUUUUCCACGGUUUAAUUCUUUGCAGGUAAAGAAGAUUUACAUCUUUGUAAAUUAUCUCAAUUCUGCUGGAAUGAAAAAAAAACUGUAGCCGCAGGAUGAGAGCACCUACCUACUUAAGUCUCCAGAGCACAGAUUUAUAUAUUUUCCAAAACAAUUAGUAGGUAUACAAAAUGUUACAUUAAAAAAAUUUGCCAAAUAUGGAAGCAAAUAAUCCGGUGAUCAAUCGACAGAAGCUUGAAAAAAAAAAUGGGUUUUUGAUUUCCGAACUACCUAACUACUACCUAAAUAUGUGCACAAUCGGCUUUUGUGGCGUUGACGCUUUUGAGCAAUCAAAUCUCAACUUUGUAGUAUAAAUAUACCCUUAAAUACAUAUACUGAACAUGUAAAAACAUUGUUGCCGCUAAAGAAAAUUAUUUAAAAUUGUCACAAUACAAAACUGUUGUAUCUAUGUA